AUGUCGCCUGUCGUCUAUCCCUACACCGUCACAAACAGCUACAAAGGGGGCCUUUUCAUGCGUACGUACAACCGCAAUGUGCGGCGUGCCUGGGAUGGUGAAGACUAUCGUCCCCCGAAGCGCCUUUGCCUAAACGACACAUGGAACGCGCCUUCAGCCGCAGCUUCCAACGAGAACACAAACCACCCUCUUGACCUUGAAGAUAGCCUUGAACGCGCCAUUCGAGAAACAAGUGUCGCGGCUCUGUCUUCCUCACCUUCCCGGAAGAACAGCACCAUCUUUUCCGCAGAGUCUCACGAAGAUGACCUGGGCUCCAACACCAUCACCCCACCCUCAUCGCCACCGCCUGGCUUGCAGUUGACACCACCUAAUGUCAAGGCUAGGAAGCCUACGUUCUCGUUUCUCGACAAGUCCAAGAAGGAGAAGAAGGAGCUCAAAAACGCGAAGCGGAAACGCGACGAGCAGGCGAGCGGACCGAGUGGGCCUGGCAGUACGCGUCACGACUCAGAACCGCUAUCAGAGAUCUUCAACUCUAGCACACGCGCUCAAAGCUCGCAGCCUUCGCACAACGAGACACUCCCCCCACCAGCUCCAGAAAGGACGCCCGUGGCGCGUCCAACAAUACAAGUCCCGAAGCCGGCGCCACCAAAACAGAAACUCGUCCAAACAAUACUCGAUUUGGGCCAGCCGCUUGUCCCCGCCACAUGUCCGCAAUGUCAGAUGUCUUAUACACCUUCAUUGCCAGAAGAUACGCAGCUGCACAACAUGUACCAUAAUCGGGAUAGCUCCGGAAUCGAAUUGGGAAAGGCAUUCCUUAAGUCGGCAAUGCGGUGGUGCUAUCAAGUCUCACAUAUUCCGGGCAGCGUUGUUGUGGUUGAUCGAAAGAUGGCACUUCCCAGUCGACGAGUGGUCCAAAAGGUGCUGGGCAUUGUCAACAAGGAGCUCGGGAGCGUGGACAUCAAAGAGGAGGAGUUGUGGAGCCAGCGCAUUCCAGAUGGAGAGAAAGACGAGGAAUCGGGUGGCCGCAAGUGUGACAGAUUCAAGGCAUUCCUGCACAUUAUCGACGACAAGUGUGUCGGCAUUUGCCUGGCGGAGCGAAUCACCAAGGCCCAUCGGGUCCUACCGUGCGAAACCACCGCGAGUGAGACGAUAUCACUGAAUGCUCCUUUCAACCCUACUGGGCCGGCGUCACCUGCAGCGACCGAGGCGAAUGCGGAGGAGAACAACCAGAUGGCGCCCAAACCGCAAAUUCCGACCCCCAUUGCGAGUCCCACCUCGUCAACGCGUCCGUCGAGCAUCAGCAUUUCCGAGGAGACAUAUCCGGCGGUAGUGGGUGUCAGUCGUAUUUGGACGAGCAAGGCUUUCCGCCACAAGGGGAUCGCAAACAAUCUUCUAGAGUGUGUUAUGAAUCAAUUUAUCUACGGCAUGGAAAUUGAGCCAGCGCAAGUGGCGUUCAGUCAGCCUACAGAGAGCGGCGCAGGACUGGCGAGAGCAUGGUUUGGUGAAGACGAUGGUUGGGCUGUUUACAGGGAAGAAUAA